UGUUGAAGAGGGCCCCGGACAGCGGAGUGCCCGCGCUACAGCACAAAUACAAAAGUUGCACGAGAAAAAAACGGUAGCAAUGGUUGGGUGUCUGCCUUUUAUCCUUUCCUCAAUUCUCUUCGGAGUUUCGACUUGUAUCUCUUCUUUACGGGAGCACCGACCGAAUGAAGUAACCCUGCUGGACUCCAGGACGGUUCAAGGAGAACUGGGAUGGGUCGCCAGCCCGUCCGAAGGAGGUUGGGAGGAGGUGAGCAUCAUGGAUGAAAAGAACGUGCCCAUCCGAACAUAUCAGGUGUGUAACGUGAUGGAACCCAGCCAAAACAACUGGCUGCGCACGCACUGGGUAUCGCGCGGCCUGGCACAGCGUGUCUAUGUGGAGAUCAAGUUCACUCUGCGCGAUUGUAACAGCUUGCCGGGAGUCACGGGCACUUGCAAGGAAACUUUUAACCUUCUUUACCAUGAGGCUGACAACGAUACAGGCGAGCGCUACGUUCAGGAGAGCCGCUUCUCCAAAAUCGACACAGUGGCUGCAGACGAGAGCUUCACGCAGGUGGAUAUCGGUGACCGCGUGAUGAAACUGAACACAGAGGUGCGCGACGUGGGCGUGCUCACCCGGAGAGGAUUUUAUUUGGCGUUUCAGGAUGUGGGCGCGUGUAUCGCGCUGGUCUCCGUGCGCGUGUUUUACAAACGCUGUCCCCUCGUUGUGCGGAAUCUCGCGCGCUUUCCUGACACGGUUACGGGGGCUGAUACGUCCUCCUUGGUAGAGGUGCGCGGCUCCUGUGUGGAUAAUGCGGAGGAGCGAGAUGUCCCUAGGAUGCAUUGCGGGGCUGAUGGAGAGUGGCUGGUGCCGAUUGGAAGCUGUGUGUGUAACCCUGGUUACGAGGAACGCAACGGAGAGUGCCAUGUCUGUAAGGUGGGGUAUUAUAGAGCCCACUCCUCUGAUGGGGGCUGCAGCCGAUGCCCCACACAUAGCUACGCCCCUAGAGAAGGCUCCACGUCCUGUCGCUGUGAUAAAGGAUUCUACCGUGCAGAGACGGACCCACCAUCCUCAACCUGCACCACUCCCCCUUCUGCUCCUCAGCAUCUCAUCUCGAACGUAAACGAGACGUCAGUGCUCCUGGAGUGGACUCCACCACUGUCCUCGGGCGGUCGCCAAGACCUCACCUACACCGUGGUGUGUAAGCGCUGCCCGCCGGCCGCCUCGGCGACGGUGACGGGAGGAGGAGGAGGAGGAGGAGGAGGAGCACGUUGCGCGCCGUGUGGGGACGGCGUGCGCUACGUGCCGGGGCACGUGGGAUUGCGCUCACCACGCGUCUCCAUUCAGGAGCUGCAGGCGCACACCAACUACACCUUCAUCAUACGGGCGGUCAACGGAGUGUCCUCCCUCAGCCCGGCCUCUGAGCAUGCAGCCUCCGUCACCCUCACCACCAACCAAGCAGCCCCAUCGGCAGUAACAUCACUGCAGGUGAAGGAUGCCACUCGUCAUGCCCUCUCCUUGCUGUGGGAGGAGCCAGACAAGCCCAACGGCGUCAUCCUGGAGUACGAGGUCAAGUACUAUGAGAAGGAACACAACGAGCGUAGUUACCGCAUCAUGAAGACUUCAUCUAGGCGGGUGGAUAUCACUGCUUUGACCCCACUGACCUCCUACGUGUUCCUGGUGCGCGCACGUACUUCAGCAGGUUAUGGAGACUUCAGUCCACCCUAUGAGUAUACAACCAAUGCUGUGUCAGCCCCGGUGGUUGGUGAGGGGGUGAACUCUACACUGCUGCUAGUGUGUGUUGUGUGUGGCACUUGUCUCCUCCUCAUCCUCACUGCAGUCUUCGUCUUCACCAGAAGGAGGAGCUCUUACAGCAAAACCAAGCAGGAUGAAGAGAAACACCUGCAACCAGGAGUAAAGCUGUAUGUGGACCCCUUCACCUAUGAGGACCCCAACCAGGCUGUCCGAGAGUUUGCCCGCGAGAUUGAUGCAUCCUGUAUAAAGAUCGAGAAGGUCAUUGGCGUUGGUGAGUAUGGUGAGGUGUGUAGUGGUCGUCUAAAGCUGGUCGGGAAGCGGGAGAUGUGUGUGGCCAUCAAGACCCUGAAGGCAGGCUUCACAGAAGACCAAAGGCGGGACUUCCUGUCUGAGGCUAGCGUCAUUGGCCAGUUCGACCACCCCAAUAUCAUCCACCUUGAGGGCGUGGUCACUAAAUGCAAGCCAGUAAUGAUCAUUACUGAGUACAUGGAGAAUGGGUCGCUAGAUGUUUUUCUGAGGAAGAAUGACGGGCGCUUCACAGUGAUCCAGCUGGUGGGCAUGCUGCGUGGUGUGGCGUCGGGCAUGCGUUACCUUAGCGAUAUGAGCUACGUGCAUCGGGACCUGGCUGCCAGGAACGUCCUGCUCAACGGGAACCUUGUCUGCAAGGUGGCCGACUUUGGCAUGUCACGCGUGCUGGAGGACGAACCGGAGGCUACCUACACCACCAGGGGAGGAAAGAUCCCGAUUCGCUGGACGGCCCCUGAGGCCAUCGCCUACAGGAAGUUCACGUCGGCCAGUGACGUGUGGAGCUAUGGUGUGGUCAUGUGGGAAGUGAUAUCAUAUGGCGAGAGGCCCUACUGGGACAUGAGUAACCAGGAUGUGAUCAAGGCGAUCGAGGAGGGCUACCGGCUGCCGCCACCUAUGGAGUGCCCACUGGCUCUCCACCAGCUGAUGCUGGAGUGCUGGCUGAGGGAGCGCGGGCAGAGGCCCAAAUUCAGCCAAAUUGUCCACAUGCUGGACAAGCUCAUACGCCACCCCGCCACGCUGAAGAGGACGGGAGACACUUAUAGCAGGCCCCGUCCUGCUCUGAUAGGCCCCACCCCUAUGACAAGCCCCUCCCAAUCAGUGGGGGAGUGGCUACAGACCAUCGGCAUGGAGAAAUACCAGGAGAGAUUCAGCACGGCUGGCUAUACAGACAUAGACAGCAUCUCACGCGCCAACCCAGAAGACCUGAAGAGAAUAGGCAUCGCCUCCAAGUCACACCGCAAGAAGAUCCUGAGGAGCGUCCAAGAAACACUGUCUGAAACCCAGCAGAGACAGGGAAGAACAGUCUGAUUUAAAAAAUAAACAAAUCCAGACAAGCACAGAAGAAGGAGCUGAGACUGGACCAUUUCCUGUAAAGGAACAGACUGCAAUAAGACAUGUUGUUGUGUUUUCGUUGGAUGUAAUGGCUGGGAUGUGCACUUUAAGUCAAACAAUGGAGCAGAGGAAGAGAAGAGGAAGAAGGAGGAGUGGGAGGAGGAGGUGGAGGAGUAGAGGGACGUGAAGUCUAAACGGAGAAAGAGGAACGGGCGGUCUUUUGUCCCUCUGGUCCAUCGCUGGUCCUUCUGAUGCUCAGUAGCACUCAGUGUGACUACCCCUGCAGAGACCGUGAACCUGCUGGCUCUAGGACCAAGGGAAGUUUGGAGACAAAGAGGGGUGGACUGUGACUACACCCCCUCUGUGAGAAUGUCUACCGUUUUUAGUCCGUUUUUCGUGAGGUGUGUUCUGAAGACGGACGUCCUCUCAGACCAAUAGAGCUUCCACGGAACAUUGGAGGUGUGUGAGAGACCACACCUCAGGAGAGUCCAUCUUCACCGUCUUCCAAAAUAAGAUUAUAUUUUGUUGAGACAUUCUGGAUUUUUUCUUCAGGUUCUGUUUAUUUUUUACCUUCCGGUUCCCCUCUCUUGUCUCUUUAUGGAACCCCACAUGUCACAAGCCCACCAGUGCCGGAUGCCUUACGUUGGAUCACUAGACCACUGAACAUUGUGGUCAGUCCAUUCAGUGGAUUUUGAUCCGUUAACCCUUAAAGGUGUAGGUUUUUGAACAUUCUAAGUUCCACAACAAUUGAAGGUUCUAAAAUUCUAUGUUGAAUUCAAUGAACCCAGAUAUUCUUUAGAAUGUUAAUUUCCCAACAUUCCCGUCACACCGGUGUGACGGUACUCCAAGAGUGAAGGAUUAUUCCUUUGAGACUUGAUGUACAGGACACAUCAGUGAAUAGACUGAUAUGACAAACAGGACCCUGACUGACGAAAGAAACAUAAACAUCUGAGUGUGGACAUGUGGUCAUGUAGAUAAAUGUAAAUCUAUUUUUUUUUUUCUAUUCAUUAUUGUAUGAUUUCUAGAGCUUUGCAUAUGUUCCGUUACAGCAGUGGUGUAUUAUGAAUGCAUUCAAAUCCAUUGAUGUUUCUGUGAAUGCUGAAGGAGCUGCUGUUUUGCCCUCCACUUGCAUGAGAUGCAGUUUGUCUGUCUGUCUGAGCGGCCAUGGUGGCCCCCUGACAGUACAGUCCUGAGAAUCACCCCAACACAGCUCAGCUCCAGAGAUAAUAACAUGGCUAUGUUCACACAGGAUUUUGAUUAAUUGAAAUACAAAAAAAGUAGGAUUCAAAACUUCACACACAGAUAUACUUAUUGCACUUGCCACUUAAACAGGUGUAUGUUUUGACAGUGUUAUAAAAUGAGGGACCUCUCUCUGUAAUUUCUCCUCCUUUAUUUAUCUGUUUUCUUCUCUCACCUCGUCUGCCCUUUCCUUCUCCUCUCUCUGCGACGCAUCACUGGACACGUGCAUGCUGAUAUCCUGUAUGGUAAUAAAGAGUUCCUGAAUCCAAGCCAUAUCUCUGAGAACCCAAGUAGGUUCCAGAACACUGAUGAUGUCACUCACUGAUGAUGUUCUUUCUUCACGUGCUGAUGCCGACACUACACCUGUGUUUCUGUCCUACUGAGUCCUACUGUGUCAGAGGUUAGAGUUUCUUACAGACUUUUACUGUUUAUUUUCUUACAUCGGCUGUGUUUACAUGGACAAAAAUAAUUGAUUACUGACCUUAUUUUAAAGAAGACAAUAUUUUGGUUAAGGUGUAGGGCUGUGCAAUUGAUCAAAUUAAAAGAAUCAAUCAUUCUAAUUUAUGUCUGAUGAUUAUGAAAAGAACACAAUCUAUAUAUAAUUAUUAUUUUGCUGCAUUCAAUUUUGUAAUAAUGCUCUCAUUUUGUCUGGAGUGUAGACAAAUUGAUGAUAUUUUAUCAAGUCAUUGAGUAAUCGUGUUAAAAUUGUGAUCUCAGUAUUGACCAACAUAAUCUUGAUUAUGAUUUUUACCAACACUGAAGCCCUAUUACAAUGUUUACAUGAAUUUCUUCAUUAAACAUUCUGGUUUACCUAUUAUAGAGCAUAGUCCAAAUAAUAACAUCCACCCAAAAAUGCUGCAAGACUCUAGGACAUUCUGAUUUAAGGUGUAUGCUGUACAUGUGUACAGUACAUAAUCUGACUUAGCUCGGAAUACUUCACAUCUUAAUUCAAUUAUUGCUUACUCCUAUUAUGAUCUUACGGGUUUAGGCUAUCAGAAAAUGCUGUUUACAUUCGGAAUAUUGUCUUAAUAAGAUCAGGUUAAUAUUGGAAUAUUGUUCUCCAUGUAAACAUAUUAACAACACUAUACAUGCAUUAAUAUGUCACUUGAAAGAAAUUCAAACCCAUUAUCCUCAUAAUCAAGGCAACACAUGACUGAACCAGACCUGUCCAAGAACAACAGGCAGGGAAUGUGGAAAAUAAGAAAGUGCUGGAGCCUUCAAAUAAGUGUUCUUAUGCAUUAUAUAGGCCUGCAGUAUACUUAAUUAAGUAGUAAAUACAUUGUACUUUCAUAUUAGUACAUAUUGUUAUGGGAUGGACAGAGGUAGGAUUAGUAUACUAAAGAAGGAAUUGUACUGAAGUAAUGACUCCUAAUGUGAAGUAGGACUCAGCAGGCACGUUUGUGUUCUUCUAUGGCCCAAGGUUUGUAGAACUCCAUGUCUGUUAUUCUACCUGACACUAAAGAGUGUGUGAGAUGUGAAAUUGAAUGCCCCAUGUGGAGACAGCUACUGCUUCCAGUACUACUCGGCUAAUGUUAUGUUAAUGUAUGUUAAAACGCAAAUGUAACAAUUUAAUGAUGCAUCGAUGUGUGUGUGUUUACUAUUCUUUAUCUUCUUUUUACUGUUGUUAUGUUAACUACAAUGUAACUUAUGAUAUUAUU